AUGUGGAAAGAUACCGUAGACAAGUGUGUCCAAAGCAUCGUCACCAUCAAAUCAACACGCGUACGUAGUUUUGAUACGGACGUACCAGGCUCCUUUACUGCAACUGGAUUUAUCGUAUCACCCGGCUUGAUCCUUUCAAAUCGACAUGUCGUCAGCGCUGGCCCGGUAGUCGCACAAGCAGUGUUGGCUAACGAUGAAGAAAUACCAUUGCAACCUAUUUAUCGUGAUCCUGUACAUGAUUUUGGAUUCUUCCGCUAUGAUCCUUCUGAUAUCAAGUUUCUCACUGUGCCAUCCAUCCCACUUGCUCCUAAAGCAGCCCACGUUGGACAAGAGAUUCGUGUGAUGGGCAACAAUGGAGGAGAGAAAUUGAGCAUCCUAUCAGGGACCAUGGCACAAUUACAUCGAGAAGCACCUAGCUAUGGUAUUGGUGAAUACAAUGAUUUCAAUACGUUUUACAUGCAAGCAGCAUCGGGUACGUGUGCAGGAUCGAGUGGCAGCCCUGUGUUGGAUCUUGAAGGAAGAGCGAUCGCACUCAACUGUGGAGGACGCAGCAAUGCGAGUUACUAUCUCCCAUUGGAUCGUAUCCAGCGAGCCCUUGAGUUGAUUCAACAAGACCAACCUGUGAGCCGAGGCACUUUGUAUACCGAAUUUCGUCAUUGUUCAUUCCAUGAAUUACGUCAGCUGGGUUUAGCAUCCUCGAUGGAGCAUAAUUUGCGACAUGCUGGAUACCAUGGUCUUUUGAUCGUUCAUGCAACAACAACAACAACAACACAUGCUGCUGUGCUUGAACCUGGUGAUAUUCUUUUGGAAGUGGAUGGCAUGGAGAUUAUGGAUUUCGUGCAGCUCGAGACUUUGUUGGAUGAUCAUGUGGGGCGACCUAUCGAGUUGACUGUUUUACGGCAAGGUGAACGCAUCACGGGAUUACAUAUGCAGGUACAAGAUUUGCAUAAAAGCAUGCCCGAUCGUUUCCUGGAAUUAGGCGGUGGUAUUGCACACGAUGUUUCAUAUCAAGUGGCUCGUUCCUAUGGCAUUCCUUUGAACAAGGGCGUCUAUGUCUCGGCAGCAGGAUACAUUUUCGGGACCGCUUAUUGCUUCCGACGCUCCAUCAUCACAUCACUCGACAACCAACCCGUCCACAAUCUCGAUGAUCUUGUUGCUAUUGUUCAAAGAGUACCUGAUGGUGCUCAUGUGCCUAUACGAUAUCAUUCCAUGUCAAAUCGAAAGGAACGGGUGAUGGUAUUACACAUGGAUAGACGAUGGCAUCCCAUGCGCCUUGCGACUCGAAAUGACAAAAUGGGCCUAUGGGAAUACAAUGACUUGGCACCCGUUCAUGUUGACUCGUUGCCCUCUCCACCAAGCACACCACCACCCAAUGAGAUUCAGGCGGCAAAUUCCAUUGACACCUUGAAAGAAUGUAUUGUGGCGAUUGAUUGCUAUCACCCUCAUAUCAUUGAUGGCUUGCAAGACUCUCACACUUUUGGUGCUGGUUUGGUCCUAUCGCUCAAUCCACCACGUGUUAUCUGUGAUCGUGAUACCAUCCCUGUGGCUAUGGGUUCCAUCACCCUGACAUUGCAUAGCAAAGUAUCCGUGCCUGCAUCCGUUGUAUUCAUGCAUCCCUAUUACAACUUCGCCAUUUUAUCAUUUGAACGUAUCCCUGAUCAAGUCUAUUAUGCACCCAUUCAAGAGGAUUCGAGAACAUGGCAAUUACCUAAACCAGGAGAAUCCAUUCAUUAUAUUGGGUUGGAUGGCAACAACCAAAUCAGCCAUCAGCAAGGAGCCAUAUCUUCUAUUACAGGUGUUCGGUCACGAGAAUGCCUGAUACCACGUUAUCGAUCCGUGAAUGUGGAAACAAUACAGCUGGAACAAGAUAUGGAAGGACAAGGAGGGGUAUUAGCAACCGAGGAUGGAUAUGUAUUGGCGCUGUGGAUGACCUUUGCUACGGGUGAACAAGAAACCAUACUUGGCCAACGACGAACGUCCAAGAUGAUGGGUGGUCUUCCAGUAUGCUAUGUUGCACCUUGCCUUGAUGAUGAAGAAGACGAGUACUUUACCUAUGCAUUGGAUGUGGAAUUUUGGACAAUGCAGCUGGCGAAUGCAAGGCAACUAGGCUUACCAUCUAGUAUCCAAGUUCAACCUGGUCAACAACGCGUGCUUUAUGUCAUGAGCAAAAUGGAUCCUUCCAGUCCUUCAGCCAAGGCACUUGAAGUGGGUGAUAUUGUUUUGGAAAUCAAUCAUCAACCUGUUACUCGACUCACUGAUCUCACACAAUACACAAAACACGAGGCUCUUGAAAUGACUAUUUAUCGAAAUGGGACAUUAAUGCAAUGCACCGUGCAAAGUACAUUUUACGAUGGUCGAGAAACGACUCGAGUCAUUGGAUGGCAAGGACUAUUGAUUCAAGAUGCACCUAUCGCUGCCAAGGAACAAACAUGUGACAAGGUACCAACAGGUGUCUACAUUUCGUCUUGUGCGCAUGGAUCACCAGCCCAAGCGGUGUUAAAAGCAGCUACUUGGAUCACAGCCAUCAAUGGCAAGCACGUUGAAACACUGGAUACAUUUCUGCAACAAGUCGAAAGAAUCCACAAUAGCAAGGAUGAUCAUGCUCGCGUCAAGUAUGUGACCAAAAGCAAUGUAGCCAAUGUAAGCGUAGUCCGCUUGGAUCGACAUUAUUGGCCUACCUGGCUUGUGGAAAAGGAUCCAGAGUCUACAAUGGGAUGGCGAUUGCACCAAAGCGACGAGAAUCUAGUUGUCAGAUGA